AUGAGCGCUACUGCAACGAGUGGCAGCAGCACGCCGGUGACACCGCAGGCGACGCCCAGCGACACCGCUAAUUGCACCCUCGACACCUGUCCGCUCGAUUCGUCCUUCUACAUGUACCGCAUCAACCUGGUGCCCAACGUCGCAUUCCUGGCCUUCUUCUCAUGCUCCCUUCUGGCCUUCAUCUGCGUAUAUGCCUUGACGAGACGAUGGUUCUCCUUCCUGGUGGCGAUGGCACUCGGCACCGUGUGUGAGAUCAUCGGAUAUAUGGGCCGUAUACUCUCACACCACAAUCAAUGGGAAGAGAACUACUUCCUGAUCCAGAUUAUCUGUCUCACCAUCGGCCCUGCCUUCUUUUCAGCAGGCAUCUACCUCUGUCUGUCUCAUAUUGUUGGACUCUUUGGUCCUGAGCAUUCCAGGAUCCCUGCGACCUGGUAUCCCAAGAUGUUCAUUCCCUGUGACAUUGUUGCUCUGAUCCUUCAGGCCACUGGCGGUGCCAUUGCGGCCAUUGCCUUGGGAGAUGGCACAAGCUUGGACACUGGUGACAACAUCAUGAUUGCUGGGUUGUCGUUCCAGGUCUUGACCUUACUCAUCUUCAUCGUCAUUUGCGUGGACUUCGGAUUCAGGGUCUGGAAAGGGCAAAAAGUUGGCAAAGAGGCACACUCAGAGCCUACAACAAAACCCCCCACUGUCUCGUGGCAGGUCAAAGGCUUCCUUGCGGCUGUCGCUCUGUCAACUUUCACCAUUUUCUGGCGAUGCACAUAUCGAGUUGCAGAACUGAGCCGCGGCUGGACAGGUCCGAUCACGCGCCGUCAAGAUCUCUUCGUCUGGUUCGAAGGAUUCCUCAUCUCUAUUGCGGUGGCGGCACUGGAAGUCUUUCAUCCAUCACUGUGCCUAAGAGAGAAUCGGACAGAUUGA